CCUAAAUAGAACCAUCGUUUAUGCUGUAUAUGACCAGAUGUCUCACAUUCUACUGAAUGGGAGAAACACUCGUAGGUUUUUGUGUUGGCGGUGUUUCAUCUAAAAACCGAACGGAUUAGGAGACCUUGAGGUGUUGAAGAGGAAAUUUUUGCAUUUUGAUACGUAACAAAUGACUAAAAUGUAUUCGCAAAUGAUUCGCAUUUGAGUUUUGUACGCGAAAGUCAUGUCGAGAAGUGAUAAAUAUAAUUAUUCGUCCACCUAUAAGUUGGUGGUUGUCGGUGGUGGUGGUGUUGGAAAAUCUGCGAUAACUAUACAAUUUAUUCAAAGUUACUUCGUUACCGACUAUGAUCCCACAAUAGAAGAUUCAUACACCAAACAGUGUGUUAUCGAUGAUAUUCCUGCUAAACUCGACAUUUUGGAUACUGCUGGUCAGGAAGAAUUUAGUGCCAUGAGAGAACAAUAUAUGCGAUCGGGAGAAGGUUUCCUGUUAGUUUUUGCUGUUACUGAUCAUCCUAGUUUCGAAGAAAUUAGCAAAUUUCAUCGACAAAUAUUACGCGUCAAAGAUCGCGACGAAUUUCCUAUGUUGAUGGUUGGAAAUAAAGCAGACUUGGAAAAUCAAAGAAUGGUAUCAGUGACAGAAGCCCAGCAAUUAUCGCAGCAGUUGAGAAUACCAUAUGUUGAAUGUAGUGCGAAAGUUCGUAUGAACGUUGAUCAAGCAUUUUACGAGUUAGUGCGAAUUGUUCGAAAAUUCCAACUUUCCGAGCGUCCUCCAAUUAAACCUAUUUAUAAAUCAUCAAAAAAGAAGUGUUGCCUCUUGUAAAAAAAUUCUUAAUAGUGAAAAGUACUUAAUACUUCGUAACGGAAACACCAAAUUUGUUAAUCAUUUUUACUUUUGGAGUUUUAACAUGAGUAAAUACGGUUUAUUUGCAUACUUACUUAAACACUAUCUACUUUUUCAUUUUGUUUUUCUGUUGUAGUUUUAUUAAACACUGUGUUUUUUUUUACUUUCAAAAAUACGACACAUUUUUUAUACAUACAUUACAUAUACCUACCUACCCAUACAACUUACCGGACGUAUCUUUGAAUUCUUACUUCUUUUUUCUUUUAGAGAUUAACUUUUUAUUUAAAAAUAUCGCUUUCUUAUGUAAGUAAUAUUAUAUUAAAAAUUUCACUUAUACGUAAUUUUAUUUUUAUCAGUAUUUUUCACUAGUUCAAUGUCCAUUCAUUUUUGCCUUACCUACAUUCUUUUAUUUUGGUAAUUCUUAAUUAAUCGUAGAUUAGGGAGCAAAGAAAUUCGCUGUUAGCCAUUUUUGAAUUUUCUAUAUUUUAUUAUUUUAAUAAAAGAAACAUUUCGCGUAAAAAAUUUCGCUCGCUUGACAAGCAUAUGAUAUUUUAAUUUGGCUGAAUAUAUUUAUGAUUUUUUUUCCAUUUUUAAAGACUUAUGUGUUCACAACGGCAUUUUUUUCUGCGUUAUAAGAUGCCUUGCGCUUGAAUUUAGAACAUAAGAUUUUUUAUUACCUGUUUACUUACGUUUUAAGUCGAUUGAUUUUUUUUUUGGAUAUCCGUGGUAUGCGUUGACGCGACAAAUCAUUUACAUUAUUGGUUUGUUCGCAUAAUCGCAGAUAUAAAAUUUUUAAGUGCCUCUAUUUUAAGUGUGACAUUCUUAUUGAUCUGAUUUUAGACUAUUUUCUCGCGCGUUUUUCCAUUUCUAAUAUCUAAUUUAAUAAUUCCAUGAAUUCGGCACAAAAUAUCGAGUGAAGUAAUAUUAUAGUGAGAGGGCUGUUUUUUAUUUUGUUGAUGUGUUGAUAUAUCACAAUGAUAAACGUUGUAAUUUGUUUUUUGUUGUCAAUUAUAGAAUAAAUUUACAAUAUUAUUUAACACUAAUUACAAAUUGUGUUUUUUUUCGGCUA